CGGAGCAGCUUCGCCGCGGUCGGUUUGCGGAGCGGGAGGCAGCGGCCGGAGAGCCAGGCGGAACCUGCGGGGGCGGAGGCGGCGGUGGCAGCCGCGGCGCAGGGAGCAGGAACAGGAUCAAGCCUUCCAUUCCAGGGACCAGGGUCAAGCCAGAUUACCACUGCCCCUACCUAGGCCCCAUUGACUUAAAGCAGCCACUGAGACCAUGGGCAAUAUCUUUGGGAACCUUCUGAAGAGCCUAAUCGGGAAGAAGGAGAUGCGCAUCUUGAUGGUGGGCCUGGAUGCUGCGGGAAAGACCACCAUCCUGUACAAGCUGAAACUCGGAGAGAUUGUCACCACCAUCCCUACCAUUGGGUUUAAUGUGGAGACAGUGGAAUAUAAGAAUAUCAGCUUCACAGUAUGGGACGUAGGUGGCCAGGACAAGAUUCGGCCCCUCUGGAGACACUACUUCCAGAACACCCAAGGCUUGAUAUUUGUGGUUGACAGCAAUGAUCGGGAGCGAGUGAAUGAGGCCCGGGAAGAGCUGAUGAGGAUGCUGGCAGAGGAUGAGCUCCGGGAUGCUGUACUCCUUGUGUUUGCAAACAAACAGGAUUUGCCGAAUGCUAUGAAUGCUGCUGAGAUCACAGACAAGCUGGGGCUGCACUCUCUGCGUCACCGCAAUUGGUACAUUCAGGCCACCUGUGCUACCAGCGGGGACGGGCUGUAUGAAGGCUUGGACUGGCUGGCCAAUCAGCUCAAAAACAAGAAGUGAGAGCCAGGCACCCCUCUGACUCCCCCGACUCCUGACACAUACCUGUUGUCUCCUUACCCCAGCUUCCCUCUGUCUUCCUCUUGAAAGUGUGGCCGAGGUCCUGGGUAUCAUGUCCACAUGCCCAGCAAGCGCCUGGCCUCCGUGCCUCCCUCCUCCUCCCCUGUGCACUGACACGGUCAGCCCCCAACUGCUGUCCUCAUGAUGAAUCAUUCCAAUUUACUGGAUUUAAAACAGAAUGAAGCUGUUAUGGUUUCGUGGGGUGGUCCCCCUUGGUUUCAGGAGGAAGAGUGGGAUGUUCUCUUUGUUUGCUGUUUGGCACUGGUUGCUGUGCUCUUGGCAUCUGAGUCCCUUCCCUAUGUCCCUGGCCACUCUCCUUCCCGUCUUCCUUUCCUUCUACACUCUCCUAUUUACAUGGACAUUGCACGGGCUCUGUGUGUGCGUGCAUGUGUGCGCCUGUACAUACGUGUAUAGAGAGAUAUAUAUGUGGGGUCAGGGGAGGGAGCAGAGUGCAGCUCAGGACACUGCGCACUAGAACCUGUCCCCUGCCCUUCUGUGUUGGUGAGAUACGGGGAUGUGGGUGGGUCCCAUUGCUUUCCUCUCUACAGGUGGCAUUCCUAGAUGUUAGGAUAGAUGGGCUCCUACAGCCGUCUGUCUGUCUGUCUCAUCUUUCCUUUUCCACCAUUAUGAGCACAUGAAAUGGCAUUGAUCUCUGUGACUGUUCCUAAGGAGAUGCCGUUCUGCUCAGCCUCAUGAGUAGGAAGGAAAGGAGCCCACUCACGUUACUGGCUAGAGUGUUGUAUCGACCCUCCUUCACCAUCCUCAGAUCUGUUCCAGGAACUCAGAGGGAGGUGGGUGAGUGGGACCUGCAUGCUGAGGGGUGGGGAGUGCUCUGGGAAGGCCUAGAUUUCCAUCUUGCCCUCAGGAGGGAAGGUAAGGCAUGGAGCAGUCCUGCUUCCGCCUUCUGGUCUGGUGGCUGGGUGGUUCUGUCUGUCAGAGACUUUUUCCCUUAGUAGUUCUGCUGGCCUGGUGAGGACUGACCAGGCAGAGUGAUGAGAAGCCAUGGAUUAGGGCUACCAUAGCCGACCUCAGUAUCAACCCCGUUCUCCAGUUUGCUGUCUAGUUCAGGACCAGGAAAGAUGAGUUUCUGUUGUUCUCGAUGUCCUGUCCCCCUCUUUCCUGGCAGCUUUCCCCAGUCCUCACCCUGUCCCUGAAUAGGUCUGUGGGGCUGGAGUAGAUGCUGUAGGACCCUGCAUGGCUGAGGCUGGAACUGGGAUCUUCAGGGCCCUCCCACCAUCAUUCUCUGCUUGUUCAGCUGCUGCUGCAGGUCUGUAGAGGGCGCCUGUUCCAGAAGCUCUGACCUGGUCACCGCACUGAAGCUGUGGCUGUUCUGUGGGCUCCUGUGUGUGCUGGCUGCGCCCUGAGCUCCAAAACAGCUGCCCAUAACCUCUCUGCUAAGGUCAGGACCCUGGGCUCUGCAGCAUGGCCGAGGGACCCUUCCCAGAGGGCUGUUCUGAGCUCCACAUUGUGGCCAGGUUUCCUGCCACCUUUGUCUAUAGCAGGCUGAUAGGUUCCCCAGCCUCCCGUCAGCAGAGCUGUGUGAGGUUCUAGGAUGUCUCUCAGUGCAGGUAGUGCUGUGAUACCCCAGAGACCACAUGGGUAUGUGCUCUAGACCUGGAGGGUGUGCGUGUGUGCGUGUGUGUGUGCGCGCGCGUGCGUGUGCGUGCGCACGCGUGUGUGUGCGCAUAUGUGCGUGCGGCGCGAUCUCUACAUGGAGGUGCCAGGGGUUCUGUUUCAUUUUAAAUGGGUUCUUUCCAUUCCCUGCACUCCUCUCUUUACUGUUCCUGCGUUCCCCUCUGUCACCCUCACUCUCUCUGCCGUUUCUGAGUCCCUGCUCUGUUGCUGCUGUGAGCGCCUGUUUGCCUUCUCGGUUCACUCACCACUUUGCCUGUUUGGUUUGUUUUUGGUUUUGUCUUCUAUUUGAUUUUCUACUCUCUUUGUUUUGAGAUUGGUGAGGACCUUUGCCUCUUUCUCUGCCACGCUUUCUGACCUUCCCACUUAGAUGCUAGUUCCAGAUAGGUUUUGUCCAUUGCAAACUUCAUUCCACUCCUGCAUCCCUUACCACAGCUUCUUGGUUUUCUCCACCUCCUGGGACCAACCUGAGGCUCAGCAGGCUAAAGCAGCCUUGAAUGUUGCCUUGGUGCAUGUUGCUCCAGACAUGUCCAGCAGGGGGCAGUAACAUCUUGGUAACAUCCUUGGCUUUGUGGGGAGGUGGGGUGCUUUCUACAUUCCCUAAUCCGUCUUUAGGGGUUGGGUGUUUCAUCCCAUUACUGUGAGCUCCCUCUCUUGCUUUUCUCAAGUUGGUUUAGUUUUUGAUCUUGUUCUACCUUUCUUUCAGGGGACUCCCCCCUUCCCUCCACCUCCAAAAUUUGUGGUGUUACAGUGGUACUGCAGUUCUAAAGUGGGUUUUUUCUUUUUGCUUUCUCUGGAAUGUAGACUGUACAUGUUUAAUAACUCGCCUUCUCUAUCCUUGCUCAAAAAUGUGGGAUAAUGCAAUGACUGUGCCCUGGUUGGAAAUUAAACUUGUUUUACGCAGCUCU